GAUUGAUCAGCAGGUGACCUUUGCCCAGCUCCCUGGGCCCUCAGUGCCCGCUGCCCUGGGGACAAUAUAAAACAGGUCAGAACCCUCUUGCCUGCUUACUCAGUUCAUCCCAAGAAGCAGCUGCUCCAGGAACAAAGGUGCCAUGCAGCCCCGGGUCCUCCUCGUUGCUGCCCUCCUGGCGCUCCUGGCCUCUGCCCAAGUUUCCGAGGCAGAGGAUGCCUCCCUUCUGGACAAAAUGCAGGACUACAUGAAGCAGGCCACCAAGACCGCCAAGGACACACUGACCAGCGUGCAGGAGUCCCAGGUGGCCCAGCAGGCCAGAGGCUGGGUGACCGACAGCUUCAGCUCCCUCAAAGACUACUGGAGCACGUUCAAGGGCAAGUUCUCUGAAUUCUGGGAUCCUGUCCCGAACCCCACACCGCCUUCAUCCGACGCCAUCUGAGAUCUCAGUACCCCAAGUCCACCUGCCCAUCCAUCCUGCCAGCUCCUUGGGUCCUGCAGCCUCCCAGGGCUGCCCCCAAAGUUCGCUUGAAAGGGACAACAUUCUCAGUGCCCUCCCACCCCACCCCAGACCUGGCCCACCCCCUGGGUGUGCUGUCCUUCCAAUAAAGCUGGACAAGAAGCUGCCAUGA